AUGUUUCGUUCUCCAGCUCGUCAUUACCAGUUUCGUCUUCUUCAUCGUCCUCAUCCAUUUCCUCCUCUCCCACGUCCGCAUCAUCUUCCUCCUCUCAAUCUACCCCAUCACUUUCGUCCUCGAGCUCUUCAUCACCAAUUUCCUCUUAUUCCUAUUCCUGUUUACGCUAAUCCUCUCAUCCGACCACAUCACUUUCGUCCUCUCACUAGUCCUCUUAAUCUUCCUGAUCUCAAACUACCUCAUCACUCAAGUCUUCGAGCUAUGCUUCACCACUUUCGUCCUAUUCCUAUUCCUCUUUACGUUGCUUAUCUCCCUCGUCCUCAUCAUUUUCGUCCUCUCCCACGUCAUCAUCACCUUCCUGCUCACAAUCUAACUCAUCAAUUUCAUCCUCGAGCUCCUCUUGACCACAUUUUUUCAUUUGCUAUUCCUCUUUACUUUACCUCUCUCUCACUCGUCCCCAUCACUUUCGUCUUCUCCCAUGUUCUCAUCACUUUCGUCCUCUCAAUCUACCUCAUCACUUUCAUCCUCGAGCUCCUCUUGACCACAUUCUUCCAUUUCCUAUUCCUCCGUACUUUAUCCCUCUCACUCAUCUCCAUCACUUUCGUCCUCUCUCACGUCCUUGUCAACUUCCUACUCUUAAUCUACCUCAACACAUUCAUCCUCGAGCUAUUCUUCACCAAUUUACUCCUAUUACUAUUUCUUUUUACGUUAAUCCUCUCACUCGUCCCCAUCAAUUUCGUCCUAUUCCACGUCCUCAUCACCUUCCUCCUCUCAAUCUACCUCAUCACUUUCGUCCUCGAGCUCUUCUUCACCACUUUCGUCCUUUUUCCUAUUCCCUUUACGUUACUCUUCUCACUCUUCCCCAUCACUUUUGUCCUCCCCACAUCCUCCUAA